UUUCUUCAUUCUGUCAAAUUAUUAGGUGCGGCCAUGUUGAUCUGUAGCAAAUAAAAUAGAGUUAUUUUGCUUUUAGGGAAUUAAAUUUGACACAAUAUGCCCAAAUGCGACCUCAAGACGAGAUAUAUUCCUGCGACGUUCGCCUGGACAUUAUUGUUGGGAACCACAUCCCUGUUUUUUUAUUUUCCCUGCCAAUUCUACCUCCAGACGCAUUCAUGGGUUCCCGCAUGCCAAGGUGUCAUAACGUUUUUUGUUUUGGCCAAUUUCACGCUGGCCACUUUCAUGGACCCGGGGGUUAUACCAAAAGCUCCACCUGACGAGGACCGAGAGGACGACUACAGAGCCCCUCUGUACCGUAGCGUCGAGAUAAACGGUAUAACGGUGCGAAUGAAGUGGUGCGUCACUUGCAAGUUCUACAGGCCGCCUCGUUGCUCGCACUGCUCCGUGUGCAAUCACUGUAUAGAGACAUUCGAUCACCACUGCCCGUGGGUGAAUAACUGUAUAGGUCGUCGUAAUUAUAGAUUUUUUUUCUUCUUCCUCAUAUCUCUGUCGAUACACAUGCUGAGCAUAUUUGGUCUCAGCUUGUAUUUCAUUAUGAAGCACAAGAACUUAACGCAGGUCGAGCCUAUUGUGUCAAUGGUGAUAAUGGGUGUGAUAGCUUUAUUAGCCAUACCGAUAUUUGGUCUGACGGGAUUCCACAUGGUGCUCGUGUCCCGUGGUCGGACCACCAACGAACAGGUCACCGGAAAGUUCACCGGCGGCUACAAUCCAUUCUCGAAGGGAUGCUGGAAUAAUUGCUGUUACACGCAGUUCGGACCUCAGUAUCCGAGUCUGGUCCGACCGUCAAAAUAUAUAUACAAGAGCGGCAAGAAACGUCGGGAAGCGUUACCGCCGGGCGCUCACUCGGCCUCCGCAAUAUCGACGAUAGCGACCGACACGCAACACCAGGUAAAAACGUACACGGCCGACAAUGGAAACGCUCACCGGCCGCAGGGACCUCACGCGCAUUACAACAAGCUAUCCCCCGGCGGUGAGGAGCACGAAGGUGAGAUGGACGGGCCCCGCGCGUCCCAGAGCGCGGACUGCGAGCCCACGCCGCCUCCGAUACAGCGACGGGGCUCCGCGGCCAAUCUGUUCCCGCCGGCUGAACCGCAUCACCAUCUGCCGCCGCGUCCGCUACAUUAUCCGCGUUUAAGUCCACUAUCGAGGAACACAAGCCAUGGCACGACCACGUCAGGGUACCGGGUCGUGAUGGAGCCGCUUCGGUACGAUUCAGGGUCGAACGGAGGAGCUCGACCCUCGCCCACGAUGCAGCAGAGGAUCAAAGCUCUAGGCGUGCCCACGCCCUUAGCGGUCAGCCCUGUGAGGAGGUCCAACCCGGGCACGCCGACGCAGCCCCGCCGCCCCGACUUCAUCGGCGUGGGGCGCGGCUCCCCGCAGCGCCGUUUCCUCUCCGAGGGCGAGCUGCUGCGGGAGCCGGCCGAGGACGUGCGCGAGCUGGCCGCCUCCCCGCAGCGCGGCGCCUACGCGUGGGCGGAGCGCGGCGCCGUGCGCGUGUUCCCGCCGCAGCCGCCCGCGCCCCGCCGCCCGCGCGCGCCCGCCGCCCCCCCGCCGCGCGCCGUGCGCCCGCUGUCCUUCGUGCGCGCGCUGGAGAUGCAGGACCAGCUGGAGGCGCGGGAGCCGUCCGCCGAGCCACCGGACCGCGCCUCCGUCUACGAUUGCAACUACGAGAUCUCAGUCUGAGCCGCAGUGUUGUGUUGUUGAACGUUCCGAUGGCUACGCGGACAAUUAAAAAUUAUUAAUACUCCGUGUUUUCUAUAUGUUUUAAAUGCUAUUGCCGGACAAUAAGUACUUAACGGAAUUGACACUGACGCUCAUCUGCCUCUCGUGUGUGUGUGCCGGCGCUAUCCGGCCUCGUUCCACAGAGCGCACGGACCGGACAAUAGUUCAAGGAACUGGACCGUUGUGGAGUUGAAUAUGUGCCAAAUAUUGCGUAGUCACGGUUGUGUAGCUUAGCGCACGCGGUGGACGGCUCUCCCCCUUCCCCCCACUUCCCACAGACGUUAAUUCUUCGAACUUUAUGUCAAAUUUAAACUUCGAUGAGAUUAGCGACCGGCCCGCCCCAGUCGUUGACGAACUCCGACGAAUGAACCUUCGAGCUCGACAUCGCAAAGGACACUCGACGAGUGAAACUUUGUAAACGAAAAAUAACAACACAACUUAAUAUAAUUUGUUGCGUUUCAAUUACAUUAAGAACGUAAGACUUAUGUUUUUAAUUUAAUCAAUAAAUUAUACUAGUAAAUUAAUGAUAAUGACCUUCGAAUGACUGGGAUAAUACAUAUAUAAAAAUAAAGGGAAUGUUUUGUUUAAAAUUCUGAAAAUGUUGACGGCAUGCGAUUGCGAUGACGUUUCGUAAGUCUGUGGUCUGGGGCCAAAUGGGUCAUUGUUCUUUGUAAUUAAGGAUUGAAACAAUGAGUCAUCAAUAACUAUACAGUAUGAAAGCGCGCCUUAUACUGGGCUUUUGAAGGAUUGUCUACAAACUAACAGACUUUUAGCACAAAAAGAAAUUCAGUAAAAUGGCGCCACACUAAUUAUAUAAAAAAAAAACCUAAUUUGAUCCUUUUAGCUCCAGGCCACAGAUUUGGUUGUGUCAAGAAAAUUAAACGAAAAAUAAUUUAGAAAAUAUUUGUCAAUAGAACCAUAACGUCGUACGUAACACUUCCAAAGAACAUUUAAAAGAAAACUUACAAAUCAUAGUUUCGAAUUUAAGGAUACGUCCUCGCAGUAAUCUUAACGUGCGACCUUCUGGCUCUGAACAAUAUCCAAAAGUCUAUGUUGAGGUUGCGUGUUGUUACCCAAUUUGAUUAUAAAAUUGAUUAUAUUUUCAAUUUUUUCGAUGUAUGCCAAGACAGUGGGCACCGUUGAAAUUUUGUGAAGAGAUUUAUUGUAAAUAUUAUUUAAUUAAAGAGAUAUAAUAAAUUUAGUGGGUAAAGGAUGAAAUUUGAAGUUAUCACUAUAGCAACACAUAAAAAAAGAUUUUUUUUGGUAUUUUUUGACUGAAGUUAAUUCAAAAGUUUCGUGACUUUAAUGACAUAUGUACACAGAAUAUGUAGAUUGUUGACAGUUUUCGAUUCGCUAUGAAGAGAAGAUUAUCUUUUUUAGGUUAUAUUUUUAUUAAGCCGCAUAAAAUUUGACUGAUGAUAGCGCGAAUGAUUAAUCGAAUGUGAUUUUAAAUUUCAUCCUGCUAAUGUGUCAAGCGAACAACAAACCAUGUAUUGUAUAUUGUAUUAAAAACUGAUAUAUACAGGGUGUCCCAGAAAUAAUGGAUAACCCUGAAACACCUCUUAGUAGAGCUAUUGGGGCCUAAAAAAAACAAUAAAAAGAAUUCUUAGGUAGUACCCAAAUUAAAAAUAAAGAAAAAAAUACCAAAUUUCAUGAUUAAAAUUUAAGUUCGAUUAACUUUUAUAAAAAAUUACACUCAUACGAUUUCUCGCAUAUUCCUUAGUAUAGUCCAUGUAGAACAUUAUAACACCAAAAAGCCUCUGAUUUCAUUUAUUUGUAGCUGUUGUAUAUUCCAGAAAGGCACAGCAGUAUGGAAAAUAUCAACUUUUUUAAAUACGUAAUUUGGGUACUACCUGAAGAUUUUUUAUUAUUUAUUUUCAUUUUGAAUCGCCAAUAGCUCUACUAUGAAGUGUUCAGUAUUAUCCAUUCUUUCUGGGACACCCUGUAUGUAUGUGUUCGGACGCGCUAAUUACGGAAUUACCUGUUUUAUUUGACUUAUUUUCCUUGAAACUUCCCAUUUAUUGGGGAAAACGUUUCCGUCACACUUCACACUGCGACCGAAAUUAGAGUCUUUGUGCGAGUGAAACCGCGACGCCUUGUUAGUUUAGCUAGAAACGGACCGCAAAUUAAUAAUAAUCAAUAUUGACGGUUCAAGAUAAAAAAUUAAGCGAUAUAUACAAAGACUAGAAUUGUAACUAUACAGUUGGCGAUAGUCUCAAAAGAUUUCAUACAAAAACCCCGUAAUGUAUUUGACCGAGAAUUUUUGUACGACGCGCAAUGUAACACAACGCGAGAGAGUUGCCAGCUGUAUUCUCUUAGCAAUGCUCACACAGGCAUUCGUUGGUCAGACAUUAUCGCUUAAAUUUUAAUAUAAUCUCAACUUUACCUCUGGAAAACAUUAAAAAUGUCUCCAAAAUGUAAAUGUCGUUAAUAAUAAAUAUAGAAUUCUUGUCGCUAUCCCUCCAGUAGUUAAAUGCAAUGUUGCCGUAUCCAAGUUUAUGACGUAGGUACGUGUUGCCAACAUUAAUAAAAUAAACCAAAGGUUUGGGCGUUUGAGUGAAUGGAAUCGAAAGAUGACAUUGAUUACAUUUUAAUAAAAGUAAAUUUAAAUGACAAUGCUAAAUCGCUUGAUACAUUCCCAAUUGUAUAGAACGAGGUUAGACUAGUUAUAUGAUAAUUAUUGUUUUGUUUUUAAGACAUAGUUAAUGUAAAUAUCUGAUGUGAAUGUAAAAGAAUAAGAACAAUUUUUGUAUAGAGAACAUGUGUAAUAGAAUUGUUGUGAAUAAUAAUUAUAAUGAUACAUAUAUGUAUAUUAAAAAAAAACAAAUGAAUAUUAUUAAUCAAUAUUUUAUAUUUAUUUCAUUUCUGUGCCAGUAAAUGCGAUUUUUUUUUGUUUUUUUUUUUUUUUCAGAACAUACAUAUCAGUAGCGUGUUUUAGUUUGCACGUGGUUUUGUUAGAACGGCCUAUUUUUUUUUCACUCGUUUCAUUACAAUGGUUUUCCGAUUCUCGCAAAAUUAAUCAAUACAAUAUUGAUCACAAAUGAUAUGCAAUGAUGAACCAAUUUGAUUAAUAAAUACAUUUUGUGGUAGGUACGUAGGAUUUUUUAAACUUGUUUCACAAGAUGGUUGUUUUUGGAACGAAGUUCCCUAACCGGGGAAAAACGUCCGUAACGUAAGAUUUUUAUUAGUAAUGCACACAGUGUACGACUUAACAUUGUAAUAAUGUACAAAAAAAUAACAUUGUUUAUCAUUCAUUAACCACGAUCUCAGAGCGUUCGUUUGCGCAAUACACUAACUCUUAUGCAAACAACCGUGAAUGAAGUGUACCACAAUAAGUUCGCACGUUACCGAAUGACCGUGGGUUGUUGCUAAACCUCCAGUUUUAUUUUCUUUAUACCUCGAAUAGAACUUAAAAUAAAUAUGGAACUUCGUUCCUAUCCGGUGUCCCACGACACCACACAUCUUUUUUAUUAUUGAUUAUGAACUAGAGACAGAAAUUGUACACGAAACUUGAUUUAUUUUCAAAACCGUAUAGUCAAUAUUCACGCGAGAUUCUUUCUUCAAACAAAUUCUAUCGAAUAUGUUAUUCUUGUUUUCAUUUUAAAGUUAUUUGUGAUUAUGAUUGAAAAAAUUACUUGAAUUGGACUCCACAUGUUCUGACUUCCUUACACAUUCCGUUCCAUAUAUUUUUUUCUAAUAUAAAUUACUAGACAGACUAAUGUUAUUUUAUAUAUAUAUUGGCGCGUCAGUUUCGGAACGUGCUCUCGUACUUAAUACUAAUAUUUUCUGAGAUUACCUUGUGUAUUGGAUUUGAAAUUAUAUUUGUAAGUCAUCGUGUGAGUAAAACUACUAUUGCAGGUGUUCAAAUUUAAAUGUUCGCUUUAAAACCUGUUUGGUGUUGCCAUGAUAACGUUCGCUUCGAUUUUUUUUUCAUGAAUCAUUCUAAAUUUAACCCUUAAAUUCGUUUAAUUUUGUAUCUUAUCCUUAUUUUCCAUACCAAAUUCAAUUUUUUCGUCAAAACAAAUUGUUUUAUCAGUAAUGAAUGAUUUUCACAAUGGCAACUUAAUUGGAGAUGGUGGUACAAAUCGAUUUAAGGGUUAAAUUGUAAUUUAAGCUUCAACGUGUAAGGCCCCCGUUUCUAAAGAACUGUCCAUUGUUGUGUGCAUAAAUUGCAUAAUAAUAAAAUAUAAAGAUAAAUAUUGUAUAAAACAGAAUUUAAUAUAAAGGUGUCAUUUUAUUUAUGUGUACAGUUAACCAUGUAGUUUAGAUAAAAUAAUCUAAUGCAAUGUUUAAAAAAAACAAAGCAGUGUGGCCAAGAAAAAAAAGGCAAAAUGCUGAAAUUUAUACCAAAUUUUUAGGGAUUCAUCAAGUAAGGCAAAAGUUAUUAAAUUUUCUUUGUUUAUUGAAUAGGCAAAAGAGAAUGCGGGAAACCUAAUAUAUAGUGGUUACCGUCACUCUCGCGCACGUGUAUAUCUAGAAUGUAACUGAGCCUAUGUCUUCCCUAAAAAACUCCCGAGUACUUUAUGGUGAAUGAAGGCUUGUCAGCGGCACUUAAUUGCUGAAAUUAUUGAGUGUCGGUCAAACAAAGUAUUUACGAAAUAACUUUUAAACAUUGCAUUACGAUUAUCAUGAGAUCUAUUGUACAAAUUGUUCAAAUUUUCAUAAAUUUGAUUCGUUGAAAUCAUUAACGUGUUGCAGUCAGUAUUCGUACCCCGAUGUAAAUGUAUAUUUCGUUCGAGAUAUUAAUAUACUUUAUGUACGAUUUAAUUUUAAAAGUAAACCAAACCUAAACUUAUAUUUGACUUCGUACCUAAUUAUUAAGUCAUUCACUGCUGGAUUUUUUUAUUUAAUUCCCGAAAGAGUAACUGCAGUGGAAAAACAAACGAUUUUAGCGAAUUUUCAGUUGUUAAAAUAUCCUCAUUCAGAAAGCUGUCUUCCAAAGACAAAGUAAAAUUAUUAUGCAAAUACAGCAGGAAGCAAAGGAUUUUUUUCAAGAAAUUCUAACUUAAUGAUUUACUUCUCAACUCUGAACUUCAAAUUCAUCUAUAUAUGUGUUAUAUUUGAAAGAGUCCUGCACUGCAACACUUGCACGUAAAGGCUAGGUUGUACCAAUGCAAAGUCGUUGAUACUGUAUAUUGUGACAAGUGUUUUAUUUUUGUAUUUUGAUAAUGUUUGUGUAUAUAAUUUUCUUAUUUUAUUGAUAUUAAAUUCAAUUAAUCAAA